AUUCAACAAUUCUCAAUUCCCUUUGCUUUCAAAAGGUUAUUCCCGUAAUUCCGGGUUCCCUAUAAAUCAUCAGCUACCUUCCUGCUCCAUUCCGAACCCUAGUUACUGCAGCUGCACCACCCCAUUCUUCCAUUUUCAAGGAACUUGUAAGAUUUUCAAUGGCUCCUCCAAAGGGGGAAAAUGCAAAAAAAGCUGAUCCCAAAGCUAAGGCCUUGAAGACUGCCAAGGCUGUGAAAUCUGGUCAAGUGAUUAAGAAGAAAACUAAGAAGAUCAGAACAACUGUCACAUUCCACCGGCCAAAGACAUUGUCGAGGGAAAGGAACCCUAAGUAUCCUCGCAUUAGUGCAACACCAAGAAACAAGUUGGACCAUUAUCAAAUUCUUAAAUUUCCUCUAACUACCGAGUCUGCAAUGAAGAAAAUCGAAGAUAACAACACACUUGUUUUUAUUGUCGACCUUCGUGCUGACAAAAAGAAAAUUAAAGAUGCUGUGAAGAAAAUGUAUGAUAUUCAGGCCAAGAAAGUUAACACUUUGAUCAGGCCUGAUGGUACUAAGAAAGCCUAUGUUCGGUUGACUCCAGAUUAUGAUGCAUUGGAUGUUGCCAACAAAAUUGGUAUCAUCUAAGUUGUAUUGCUUAUUUGAGCAGUGGGAAUCCAUCACUUUUAAGAUAGUUGAUAGAUAUCCUGUGUUAGGACUCCUUUCUCAUCCUUAUAUAUUUGCUCAGGUGUAUUCAAUUUUGGGAAUAUUUUCAUGAUAUCAGUUUAUAUUUUGAAAUUUAUA